UUGCUUUUAUUUUCACACUGCUCUUAUUCAAAGUAGGUCAAAGACUAUUCAGGAUGGGGGCUGCUUUUUGUUUUUUGUUUUUUUUUACUAAAAGGUUUUUUAAUGUAAAAAGCUACCGGCAGAGCCGGGAUAGCUUUUUAAGUUCGAGUUCUCUUCUCCGUAACAAGAUGGCGUCCCUGCCUUGUUGUUUUUCUCCCCCUUUUGCCAUCCAGAGCUUAGGGCCGCCCUAGAAACUUGGUCAAGGGGGAGGAGCAGCAUUGAAAGGUGAUGUAAUCAGCUUUCUUCCUCCUUUCUCCACCCUCUUCAAACUCCACCCCGAGCAGAUGCCUUCUGGACUCUUGUGCACGCUGCUGCUAGACAGGAAAAGCCAUUUUCCUUAUUUUCUUUAUAACUUUUUAUAGCCAUUAUCUUAAAAGGAAAACAGCUUAUAGGAAUUAGGUCUUGAAGCUGUCCGUCUCCUUGGGCAGCUCUAGUUUUUGUAUUUAACGAUCCCGAGUCUGUUGCUUUUAUUUUCACCUUCUUUCAUCACUACUGCUUGGAAUUUUUCCCCGCUUCAGUUGCCAGGGGUGGAAACCAGUCAAACAGCUGUACUUUAGGGCUGGAAGCUUUUGAGGGGAGUGUGUGUGAGCGUGUGUGUGUCUUAUGUGUGUUGGGGGAUACUGGAGGAAGACACAAGGACUUGUGAAUGAGUAACUGGAAUAGACAACUGGGGCCUAAUGACACUGAAAUGUGCCGUUUCUGCUCAGGAAUCAGUCCUUGGGCCUCUUGGCAUUUGGUCGCUUUGUAUGAUGAGAAUCUGGGGGAGAGUGGGUACUUUAGGACUUUCUUCUAAAUCGCCCUUAUUCCCGCCUCUGGGUUUGGGGGUAAGCUCUUUGUGUUCAGUGCUGUAUCACGUUCUCCAGUUGCUUAGCUCCUGUACAUUGGUACUAGGAUGAGAAGUGAAUCUUUAGGAAAGGAGGCGGCAGUUGUAAACUCAAGGCAGGGGGAUUCAAGCUACGGUUUCUGAAAACCUCGAUCAUGGGUUCGGGUCCCAUAGAUCCCAAAGAGCUUCUCAAGGGCCUGGAUAGCUUCCUUAACCGAGACGGGGAAGUCAAGAGUGUGGAUGGGAUUUCGAAGAUCUUCAGUCUGAUGAAGGAAGCACGAAAGAUGGUGAGUCGAUGCACUUACUUGAACAUUCUCCUGCAGACCCGUUCACCAGAAAUAUUGGUCAAGUUUAUUGAUGUUGGUGGUUACAAGCUUCUUAACAAUUGGCUGACAUAUUCAAAGACAACCAACAACAUUCCCCUCUUGCAGCAAAUUCUACUGACCCUGCAGCACCUACCACUCACUGUUGACCAUCUCAAGCAGAACAACACAGCCAAACUGGUGAAGCAGCUGAGCAAGUCAAGUGAGGAUGAAGAGCUCCGGAAAUUGGCCUCAGUCCUUGUUAGCGACUGGAUGGCUGUGAUCCGCUCCCAGAGCAGUACCCAGCCUGCUGAGAAAGAUAAGAAGAAACGGAAAGAAGAGGGAAAGAGUCGAACCACCCCUCCUGAGCGACCGUUGACUGAGGUGAAGGCUGAGACUCGGGCUGAGGAGGCCCCGGAGAAGAAGAGGGAGAAGCCCAAGUCCCUCCGAACCACGGCGCCCAGUCACGCCAAGUUCCGCUCUACCGGACUAGAGCUGGAGACCCCGUCUUUGGUGCCUGUGAAGAAGAAUGCCAGUGCAGUGGUGGUUUCUGACAAGUACAACCUUAAACCCAUCCCCCUCAAGCGUCAGAGUUCCACAGCCGCCCCAGGAGAUGCUGCACCCCCUGCAGAGAAGAAAUACAAGCCACUCAACACAACACCCAAUGCCACCAAAGAGAUCAAAGUGAAGAUCAUCCCGCCACAGCCUAUGGAGGGCCUGGGCUUUCUGGAUGCGCUCAAUUCAGCCCCUGUUCCAGGCAUCAAAAUUAAGAAGAAGAAGAAGGUGCUGUCACCCACAGCUGCCAAGCCAAGCCCAUUUGAAGGGAAAACGAGCACAGAACCGAGCACAGCCAAACCUUCUUCCCCAGAGCCAGCACCUCCUUCUGAGGCUAUGGACACAGAACGUCCAGGGACCCCAGUUCCCCCUGUUGAAGUCCCAGAGCUCAUGGAUACUGCCUCUUUGGAGCCAGGAGCUCUGGAUGCAAAGCCAGUGGAGAGUCCCGGAGAUCCUAGCCAGCUGACCCGGAAAGGCAGGAAGAGGAAAACUGUGACCUGGCCUGAGGAGGGCAAGCUGAGAGAGUAUUUCUAUUUUGAACUGGAUGAAACUGAACGAGUGAAUGUGAAUAAGAUCAAGGACUUCGGAGAGGCAGCUAAGCGAGAGAUACUGUCAGAUCGACACGCGUUUGAGACGGCCCGGCGUCUGAGCCAUGACAACAUGGAGGAGAAGGUGCCCUGGGUGUGUCCCCGGCCCCUGGUGCUGCCCUCGCCUCUUGUCACCCCUGGAAGCAACAGCCAGGAGCGGUACAUCCAGGCUGAGCGGGAGAAGGGGAUCCUUCAGGAGCUCUUCCUGAACAAGGAAAGUCCUCACGAGCCUGAUCCUGAGCCCUAUGAGCCUGUCCCCCCCAAACUCAUCCCCCUAGAUGAGGAAUGUUCCAUGGAUGAGACCCCAUAUGUUGAGACCCUGGAGCCGGGGGGGACCUGUGGCUCACCCGAUGGGGCAGGUGGUUCCAAGUUGCCUCCUGUUCUGGCCAAUCUUAUGGGAAGCAUGGGUGCCGGGAAGAGCCCCCAGGGUCCUGGAGGAGGAGGCAUCAAUGUGCAGGAGAUCCUCACCUCCAUCAUGGGUAGCCCUAACAGUCAUCCCUCAGAGGAACUGCUGAAGCAACCAGACUAUUCAGACAAGAUCAAGCAGAUGCUGGUGCCUCAUGGACUCUUAGGGCCUGGUCCCAUAGCCAAUGGUUUCCCACCGGGAGGCCCUGGGGGCCCCAAGGGCAUGCAGCACUUCCCCCCUGGACCUGGCGGACCUAUGCCAGGUCCCCAUGGAGGCCCUGGGGGCCCUGGUGGGCCAGUGGGUCCACGUCUCCUGGGUCCCCCACCCCCUCCCCGAGGGGGUGAUCCCUUCUGGGAUGGCCCAGGUGACCCCAUGCGGGGUGGCCCGAUGCGUGGGGGACCAGGUCCGGGGCCAUACCAUAGAGGCCGUGGUGGCCGAGGCGGGAGUGAACCACCUCCUCCUCCUCCUCCAUUCCGAGGGGCCAGAGGAGGUCGCUCUGGAGGAGGACCUCCAAAUGGAAGAGGGGGCCCUGGUGGGGGCAUGGUCGGAGGUGGUGGGCAUCGUCCCCAUGAAGGCCCUGGUGGGGGCAUGAGCAGUGGCAGCGGACAUCGUCCCCAUGAAGGCCCUGGCAGUGGCAUGGGCGGUGGGCAUCGCCCCCACGAAGGCCCUGGCGGCGGCAUGGGUGGUGGCAGUGGCCAUCGUCCUCAUGAAGGCCCUGGUGGAGGAAUGGGUGCUGGUGGUGGACAUCGGCCCCAUGAAGGCCCUGGACAUGGGGGGCCCCACGGCCACCGACCUCAUGAUGGCCCUGGUCACCGAGGCCAUGACCAUCGAGGGCCACCCCCUCAUGAGCACCGUGGCCAUGAUGGCCCUGGCCAUGGCGGAGGAGGCCACCGAGGGCAUGAUGGAGGCCACAGCCAUGGAGGAGACAUGUCAAAUCGCCCUGUUUGUCGACAUUUCAUGAUGAAGGGUAACUGCCGCUACGAGAACAACUGUGCCUUCUACCACCCGGGUGUCAAUGGGCCCCCCCUGCCCUAGGGACCACCUGCCCACCCCACCCACACCCCUGUGGACUGCAGCCUUGCUCCUUCCACCCUUUUAUGGCUUCUGUGAGGCCCAUUUUCCCCUUUCCCCAGCUGAUGAGGAGCCGGCCCCCUCAGUGCCCACCUGCCUGGGUUCUUGGGGGUUUUCGGAUCACUGGUGCGCAUUGAUGUACAUAUUUUCCUCCAGUCUGGGGAGGAGAGAGACUGGACACAUUCUGUACCCUGGACUGCUGAAGAGGAGACCGAGUUGGCUUCACUUUUUGAGGAGAUUUGCCCUUUAUGCCAAGCGCCUCUCCAGUAUUACCCUUUAUGCCUGAGAACCUAAAGCUGGUUAUCCUGGAGAACACCUCUACUCUCCUCUUGUGGGUCCUCCACAUGCACACAGAACUCUGACACGGGAUCAGCUGCACUUAUGAAAUCACCCCAGCCAAGUUCAUGCUUCCUCGUGGGGUGGGGAGAUGGUAAAGGGGUAUUGUGUAUCCCACUGCACUGAGAGGACUCAAUCAGGCUGGAUUUGAGUUCUGGAACACAUCAUCCCCACUCCUCCCGACACAGGCUUUACAUUGAGUCCUUUCUCAAGUAAGACGUUGCAAUCUUCCGUGAACACCCAAGUUUGCAUCAUGGGUCUGCUAGGUUCAAUGAUGGCAAAUCCACAUCGGCAAAGUUUUAGCUGGCAUAGGUGAGGCCAUUGGUGGUGGUCCACCCUUGCCUGCAGCUCAUUCUGGAAAUUAAAACACUUCAGUGAGACCAGCUUUUCAUCAACUGAAGCCCGGCGUGCUGGGCAUGCCAGUCACACUACACGCACUGCCUCUGGGAGUUAGCGUGCUCCUGGCCCCCACCUGGAACCUUGUGGGUGUGAGGCCUCCAGCUCCCUCCCUUGCCCUGUCAGUCAGCCACCUCUGAAUCCCCACCAGGUGCCUUCCUGGGUGGAUUCGAUGAGAUGACCUGCCCUCUCCCAGCCCUCUCCUUCACCUGUCUCAGCAUCAGUUGUUUUCUAUGAAAACAGUGGAUUGGUUGGGUUUUGUGCAGGGUCUUGGGUUAGAGCCACAAUGGAUUUGAGGAUGAGUAUUUUCUUUUUUCUUUUGGUUUUGUAUAUUUUGUACAUUAAUAAUAAACAGUGGAAAGAGAAGUAUUUAA